AUGAUUUUCGAGGUGUUUGCUUUUACAAGACCUCCAGAUCACGCCUCAGAGACAACUGAAGAAAAGGAAGAAGAGAAUGAUGAGUCUCAUUUUGACAAGACAAACCCAGAGAAAGACAAGGAAAAAGUUAAAGACAUGGGAAUGAAGAAAAAACCCAAGCGGAAACAUAAUGAAGAUGUCAACCUGAAAAUGCCAGAAAGCUUGAAAAAGGCAUUCAACAAACUAGUUGCCUACAAACGAGAAAGGUUUUGA